CCAGCCAACCAGCCAGACAGCCAGCCAGCCAGCCAGAGGCGAUAAAAGCCCCAAGAGAUCACCGAAGUAGAUCAGUUUAGUUCAGAAUUCGCAAACGACCCAAAGGAAACCCCUUAGCUCCACCGACUUUCAACACUCCACACACCCCAGCAGACAGCACCGCACAAGGGAGCACAACCACAGUAGCCACCCUUCCGACAGUCGACCAGAGCGCCCGCAGAGACCGCAUUUCUAAUGCUCGUCUGGAACGAUAAACAGGAUACAAACUUUACAUUCAUUUGAGGCCCCUGGCACCCUGCAACAGACGCCCCAGAACGCUGCAAGGAAUUCGAUUACCGUCCCGCAAAAAAAUACCUGGAUAUUUUUUUUUUUCUUUUCAUUUGACUUUUUGUUGGUUUUUUGUUGAGUGUAUCAGUGAAGCGCCUGCCUGGUGAUAAUGCCCAGCAGUGUUGCCAAGGAGGGCUACCAAUUUCAGAGGGCCAAUAGCCGCAAUCAGCAGAGCAGCAGCUGCCCGAGUAGGAGUGCCAGCGGUUCGCCAGCGGCAGUCACGCCCCCCAGCUGCGACGAUGUCGUGGACGAGGCCCUGGCCGAGCUUCAGCUGCAAUCGCAGCAGCAGAAGCAGAAGCAGAAGCAGAUGAUCCAUUCAGUCAAGGGCCGCUCCGGCUGGCAGAUCAAGUCCUCCAAGCUGGCCUUCAACACACACAAUCGCAUUCGGAACAUUGUGGAGUCGCUGAAGAUCAAGCCGAAUCCGGAGAAGCCCAUGAUACCAUUGUCCAUUGGUGAUCCCACAACAUUUGGCAACCUAAAGGCCGCCGAUGAGACGAUGAAAGCGGUGCUGCAUUCCCUGGAGAGUGGAAAAUUCAAUGGAUAUGCCCACACCCAGGGCCAUGAGGCGUCGCGCCAGGCGGUGGCCCAGUACAGUGCCCAUCAGCGGCCAGAGGGUGCCAUCGAGACGAGCGAUGUGGUGCUCUGCAGUGGCUGCUCCUCGGCUUUGGAGUACUGCAUCCUGGCGCUGGCCGAUCGCGGCCAAAAUGUGCUGAUACCACGGCCGGGAUUCUGUUUGUAUCACACUCUGGCCGAGGGCCUGGACAUCGAGGUGCGUUAUUAUGAUCUGCUACCCGAUCAACAGUGGCGCGCCGAUCUCGUCCAGCUGGAGAGCCUGAUCGAUGAGAAUACGGCGGCCCUGCUGAUCAAUAACCCAAGCAAUCCCUGUGGCAGUGUCUUUGAUGAGAAGCAUUUACGACAGCUGAUAGACGUCUGUGAGCGCCACUAUCUGCCCAUUAUAGCCGACGAGAUCUACGAGCACUUUGUGUUCCCUGGCUCCAAGCAUUUGGCCGUGAGCAGUCUCACCCGAGAGGUGCCUGUCUUGUCGUGCGGCGGCCUCACCAAACGCUUCCUGGUGCCGGGCUGGCGCAUGGGCUGGAUAAUUGUCCACGAUCGCAAGCAGCGGCUGGGCAAUGCAGUCAUCGGCUUGAAGAACAUGUGCGGCCGCAUCCUCGGCUCGAACACCAUCAUCCAGGGCGCCCUGCCCGAGAUACUGGCCAAGACACCGCAGUCCUACUUCGAUGGAGUGAUCCAAGUGCUCUACUCGAAUGCCAGCUUGGCCUACAAAAUGCUCAAACAAGUGCGCGGCCUCAAUCCCGUGAUGCCGAAUGGGGCUAUGUACAUGAUGAUUGGCGUGAGCAUCGAGCGCUUUCCGGCCUUCAAGGACGACACACACUUCGUGCAGGAGCUGGUGAACGAGCAGAGCGUGUUCUGUCUGCCUGGCAGCUGUUUCGAGUAUCCCGGCUAUGUGCGGAUUGUACUCACAGUGCCGCUGGCAAUGAUCGAGGAGGCCUGUGUCCGCAUAGCCGAGUUCUGCGAGCGUCACUACAAGAAGGAGGACUCAUCGCGGUCUUUCAUCGAGCAUGGCCUGCUCGACGAGGAGGAGCUCGGCUUCUGAUCUUCUGAUCUGGGAGCAAAACACAUUUAUUAGAUGAUCUAGACUACAUAAGUAUAUAUACUAUAUAUAUAUAUAUAUAUAUAUAUAUCAAUCAUUAA